GACCUGCUACUGUUUAGAUACUCAAAACAUGCAAAUAGCAUCUGAGAGUGCAUUUAACGAGAGUAGGGUUUGAAAGUGCUUUUGAAUGAAGAGUCUGUGGAGAAAAAGCUGCAUUAGGACACUGGGGCUGGCUGUGAGAAGUGAGUGCACUCACGGCAAGUGUGUGUUUUUAAGAAGUCUUAGACUGGGAAUAUACUUUCUGUGAUGGACGCUUUUGAAGGAAUCCAUCGUGUGCAGCUCUCCUCCUCUCCUCCUGCACGCUCCAGGUCUGUUCCAGGGUACGAGGUGCUGGUGGCAAGGAAUUCUGGGAUAGCUGUAUAUUCGUCACCUACAUUUUUUGGCAAAUGUGAUUUUAUGGAUCAGCAUACAGCAGAGGAAGAGAGAUGCCCGGUCGGGAGGUUAGUAGACCUGGAGCCGGAUCUGAGGCCUGGACUGGGGGGUGAUGGGGGGCAGCAGGAGAAGAAGAAGCCCCCGGAGGAGGAGGAGGAGGAGGAGGCAGGAGCACACAGACGAGAGACGUACAACAUGUCCCGUCUGAGGAGCUCCUCUCUGGAGAUCAAGGAGAAGGGAACAGAAUUCCUUCGAGAGCAGCUGGAUGCUGCACAGAAGGAGCUGAAGUUGAAAGACGAGGAGUGUGUCAGACUGUCUCACGUCAGGAACCAGCUGGAGCAGGAAUUGGAGGAAUUGACUGCCAGUCUUUUUGAGGAGGCCCAUAAGAUGGUGCGAGAGGCCAACGUGAAACAAGCGGCAGCUGAGAAGCAGCUGAAGGAAGCCCAGGGCAAGAUUGACGUCCUGCAGGCGGAGGUCUCUGCUCUGAAAACCCUGGUGCUGACGUCUACGCCCUCGUCCCCGAACCGCCAGCUCCAUCCUCAGCUGCUGUCUCCGGGCUCCAGUCGGGCCUCGUCCCGUCCCGGGGGCCACACGCGCAACAAGAGCGCCAGCGGUGUCCUACAGCUGCCAACAGAGCCCACGCCGAAAGAUGUGGCGCUAAACCGGGAGGACAAAGAGUUGGACUCUGUGUUGUUCGCAGAGUUCCUCUCGUGGAAGGAGGUGCCCAGUCUGGAUCGCUCCUCAGCGUUCAUCAGCAGGGUGUACAGAGAAGAUAUCGGGCCAUGUCUCUCAUUCACCUGCUCUGAGUUGUCUCAGUCGGUCCAGUGCGCAGUGGAGAAUAACUCUCUCACCAUCGAGCCCAUCGCCAUGUCUGCUCUGCACACGGUCAAAGCCCUCGAAAGGGGAGGACCCAACGGUUGCCGGACACCCAUAGAAACUAAAUGUGCGCUGAGCGGCAUGUCCCGCCCCUGCCGACAUCGCAUCAAACUGGGAGAUAAAGAGAAUUACUACUAUAUAUCUCCGUCUAGCAGAGCACGAAUCACCGCCGUGUGUAAUUUCUUCACUUACAUCAGGUACAUCCAGCAGGGCCUCGUCAGACAGGACGUCCAGCAGAUGUUUUGGGAAGUGAUGCGUCUGCGGAGAGAGAUGAGUGUGGCCAAACUGGGAUACUUUCUGACGGAGGAGAGCUAGAGAGCCAGCACACUGCACACUGCACACAGCACACUCAUCUCAACUUUCACUCAAACACCUCCAUGCUGCUGUUUUCCAGCUCCAUAUUCCUGCAUGUAUUCAGGGAAGCACUACAGACCCAUUCCCAGAGCACUAGCACUCAGAGUCUACGGAUAACACUUUCACUCUCCACAGGUCUGUGAUGUUCUAGCUUUGGGAAAGACUGAAUGCAGUAAAAGUGUCGCAUUGUUAACACUGAGCUAAAUGUUUACAGUCAUCCUCAACAACAGGACGUUUUUCCCAUUUAUCGGCAAAAAGUCUCUGAUAUGUGGAGACUUAAAAAAAAAAUUCUCUCACACUUCUGACUUUUUUUUCCUCAUCAUUGUGAGUUUACAUCUCGCAGUUCAGAAUUCUGAAUUUACAUCUCGCGAUUCCAGGGGUUCCAAUUUACAUCUCACAAUUCUGAAUUUCUCUCAGAAUUCUAUUUUUCUGUUAUUGAAAAAUAGGUAACCGACUCUUUAUCUCGCACUUCUGAUUUUUGUUUUGCAGUUUUCACGUUUAUAUCCCACAGUUCUGACUGUUUAAGUGUUUGUCCCCAAAAAAGAUUUUUUCUUGCCAUUUGCGAAGAGUCCUGCAUUAAACACAUAGCUUGAACCCUCCGAUGUUUAAAUAUCAACAGACAUUGUUUAGUUUUUCUUUCUAGAAAGAUAGUAAAAUAAUUGUCUUGUAUUUGAAGAAGUCUUCUGUUGUUUUCGCUCUAGUCGGAACAUAAAAAGGAUGAUAUUCCAGCAUCCUGUAUGUUCUUCAAAUCUGUUAACAACAGCUCAUCACCGGUUUGACGAAGACUGAAUGCUAAUGCUAGUUGGAAACUCAUAAUUCUAGUCAUUCCAGCAAUAGAAUCCAUUCUGCUAGAGCUUCAUCUGCAGGACUACACCAUCAUGUGCAAUGCAUAUACACCAUAUACGGUGAUUUCUGUGCACAUUAUCGGUUUACAGCUUUGAAUGGACAAUCCUCCAGAGAUCUUCUCUAUGCAAGUGUCUGUUACUGACGCUCGUGCAUGCAGCAGCACUUAUGUUAUGAAUGCUUAACAUUGUACACAAGUUAUGGUACUUGUACCAUGAUGCAUCACACUCCGUACACUAGAUUAUAACUGUUGCAUGAGUGAUUGACAAUCGCUGUCUUACGGCACAAAAACAGUGUUUACAGUGUAGAACUCGCUUGUGGUGGACUGUCAUAUUUAAUUUGAUAUGUGUGAAAACAUGCUUUCAGUAGGUUGGGUUUUCUCUCUUGUUUCGUUUUUUUUAACUGGAAAUGUUUGGGAAAUAUGUUUUGUCAGCCUUGUUUUCAUUCGUGACACAUUAAAGAUGGCGUCUACCCUCAGGUCUGUUGCCUCAUGUUCAGAUGACCUUUAAACUCCAUUAAAAGCAUCUUCAGAAUAUAAA